AUGACUACAAUGAAAAAUUCGUUAGCCCGUUCUAGUCCAUUGCCAAGUCUUCAUCCGGUGCAUGCUAAUACACAAAUAAAAUCAACUUUCGCAACAAUACAACCUAUUUUACCCAAUACUCCUUCAACAACAGUAUCAAAAAAAUGUCCAACAAAAAAACGUGUUCGUUUCGCAUUAAAAUUAGAAACUAUUGAAGAUCUAUCAUCACCAAAGAAUGACAAGCCUACUGUAUCAACAAUAAAAUCAAACAAACGCAUUACUAAUCCACGGCGAGAAGAUGGACAAUUAUAUGGUGCUUAUGUUGAAUAUUUAGAAAAACAAGGUGCUUUAGUAUCGGAUAUAUCAGAAGUACAUCGACCAUCACGACCAUCACCACCACAGUUGCCACCACAUGAGUCUGAACGUGAAUCAUCAGCACAUACAAAGACACAUUCUGCUCGAAGCAAAUCACCUGAAAUUAUCGUUGAAUCAAUCACGGGUACAACAGCACCAGCUUAUUUACCACAUAUUGUUCAUCCAACAGCAGUCACAAACAAGAAUAAUAAUAAUAAUAGACGACCAUCAUUGCCUAUAAUUGAUCCUAAUUUCAAACAACGAAUUGAUCCAGGAAUUCCAACUCAUAAAAUUCAAUCAAAAAAAACACUUGGUUCAGUUAGUAAUAGAAAUUAUUCGAAUUCAGUACACUCAGUUGCAAAACGAACUGCUCUUGCUUUACCAUUGAUUAAAGAUACGAAAUCCAAUGAAAAAUCAAUGCGAGCAGAUAAUUCUGUUGGUGCAAAAAUUGUUAAUGAAUAUUGUCAAUCAAAAAAAAUUACUGAGAUCAUUUCUGGUACAUUACCUGGUGCAAAUCAUCAAAUCAAUCAUGUAUCUGAACGUUCUGUAUUGCCUAAUCUUUCAAAAACACCUCCAAGUCCUCAUCAUAAUCAUUUGAAUAAUGAACCAUAUUUUUUUCAAAACCAUAAUAAUGAUCAAAUGCAACCAAUUAUUCAUUAA